AUGGAUACCUUCGUGGCCAAUCUGUCCCCGGGGGUAGGAAUUGUCCUCCAAGAAAACAUCUCAAACAUCAUCGUCAUAUCGAUACUCGCUACUGCCAUAUACAAUGCCAUGGAAACGGUGUUGAUCACGUUUGACAUUGUCAAAAAUUAUCGCACCCUCUACCUCUGGAGCAUACAGGCCUCAUGCUGGGGCAUUCUUGUGCACGCUGUUUCUGCCAUCAUUUGCUGCACAUCUCAACAAUCCACACUGCCGACGUCCGUGUUAUUCAUCGCUGGUUGGUACGUAAUGGUGACUGGUCAGGCUGUCGUAUGCUACUCUCGCCUGCGCCUGGUUGUUCUCGAUAUCAGCAAGGUGCGAUGGGUGCUCCGGAUGAUCGUCGUGAAUGCUGGCAUCCUACACGUCCCUAUGACAGUUCUGUUUUUUGGGAGUAUAAACGGCGAUCCCCGCUUUCUCCAAACGGCUGCUAUCUUCAAUCGCAUCCAACUGGUCGGCUUUUGUGUGCAAGAGAGCGUGAUUAGUUGCGUCUACAUGUCUGAGGCGAUGCGCAAUCUGAUAUGUGUCGCCAGACUUCGCGGCCGUGGGCAACCUCGAGCCACCACUCAUCUGCUUGGCAUCGGAGGAUUUGUGUUUCUCCUCAACAUUCUGCUCCUCUUGACGGAGUACAGGCUGUAUUUCAUACAAAUCAGUCUACAAACUAUGAUAUACAGUAUCAAGUUGAAACUGGACUUCGCGCUGCUGUAUCAUCUUCGCACAGCAAUGCAUGCCGAUGCUCUGGGCUUUCCACCGGGCCGGAGGCAAGGACAGUCGUCGUCAAGUCAUGCGAAUUUAUUGAACACGGCCACCUCGCCCACAGCCGUUGCGCUGCAGGUGAUAAGGCCAUCUCGCGGUCAGGCAGUGGGAGACCAGGACCCUUAUCACUUUCGAUCUAGCGGUACUGCUGAUUAUCACGAAGCAUUAUGUGAGAUUUCACAUCAUCCGGCAGGGACUUGA